GCCACCUGCCCAUCCAGUGCUAUUAACCCAAGCAGUCACCUGGUUGCCGCCCUCUCCCCACCGUUGACCUGGAACAGCGAGCGUCACCUGCGCCUCCUCCCCAUCAGAGCCUUUCGGAGAUGAAUACUACCAUGGAUGAUCCAGAAUCAGACCUGUUUAUGAGAAAAGCCACGAGAACCCGAUGGAUAUUUCUUAUUUUAAUGCUUAAUCUCACGUGUGUCCUAGCCCAGGACAAUGCUCAGACCUCGAACAGUCUAGAAGAAGGAGCCAGCGCCACCACAUUCUGGUGGGGAGAAUGGACAAAGUGGACAGCUUGUACUCGGACCUGUGGUGGUGGAGUCAAGUCUCAAGAGCGGCAUUGCCUUAGACAAAGGAGGAAAUCGCUCAGCGUUCUUGGAAAUAAAACCUGUACAGGAACCUCAAAAAGAUACCAGCUUUGCAAAGUUCAGGAAUGCCCGACAAAUGGAAGGAGUUUCCGCGAGGAGCAGUGCACGUCGUUUAAUUCCCACGUGUACAACGGGAAGACCUAUCAAUGGAAGCCUUUGUAUCCCGAUGAUUACGUGCACAUCUCCAGCAAACCCUGCGAUCUUCAGUGCACCACCACCGACGGUCAGAGACAACUGAUGGUCCAAGCUCGCGACGGGACGUCUUGCAAGUACAGUGACUACCGAGGGGUUUGUGUGUCUGGAAAAUGUGAGCCGAUUGGAUGCGACGGGGUCUUGUUCUCCACCCAUACUCUGGACAAAUGCGGCGUCUGCCAGGGAGACGGAAGCAGCUGUAUCCACGUCACUGGGAAUUACAGAAAGGGAGCCUCCCAUCUUGGCUACUCGUUGGUGACGCACAUACCCGCUGGAGCAAGGGAUAUUCAAGUAGUGGAGCGCAAGAAAUCCGCAGACGUCUUAGCUGUUGCAGACGAAGCCGGAUACUUCUACUUCAACGGAAAUUUCAAGGUCGACAGCCCAAAAAACUACAACAUUGCAGGCACCGUUUUUAAAUACCGGCGGCCGAUGGAUGUAUACGAGACUGGCAUCGAAUAUAUCGUGGCUCAGGGGCCAACCAACCAAGGCUUAAACAUCAUGGUUUGGAACCAGAAUGGGAAGAAUCCUUCCAUCACCUUCCAGUACACCCUUCUUCAGAGGCCGCACUCCAGGCUCACUCAGCCGAUUUACUACACGUUCCCGGACUCGGAGAGCGAGGAAAGUAAAGAAUUCGAGGAUGAUUUCAUGGCUCGGAACGUCAGCUACUACAGCAACAAUCCGAAAGGAAGAGGAGGAGGGAAUACACGGCAGGGGUCGACAGAAAAACUGCCCUCCGUCGGUGGCCAAGAGACCAAUGAAGUUUAUGAUGGACAUUGUUCUAUGGAGUGUGAGAAGAAGGCCAAAGGCAAACCAAGCAAAGAUUUAAACACCAACAGGACGGCGUACAUCAUGGGCGAGCAAGACUCUGUGCCCAAAUUCAACUCUAAAGAGUUCUUCUCCGAGAACGCCAUCUUCAACCAGUUGGCUGGAAAGAGCUCAGACUCCAGAGAGGCCCUCCUCAACCUAACAAGACGCAUCCUCUUCUCCCAAGUGGAACCCGUGAACUCUGUAGAGCCCAACCUGGACAAUUUCUACGUCGAUUACGAAGAAAACGAGGACAGCGCGCCUUUUGACCUCAAUAUCACCUACCUGGAGCUGAGCAUCAACACGUCGGCGGAGACUCAACUGAACAACUCCACCGUUUCCAAUGGAAACUCGUCUUCGAACAAGACACAGAAAGCCAGAAAUAGGUUGAAAUUACUGAGGAAGGUCCAGGGGAUGAGCGCAGCUGAUAUGUACCGGUGGAAGCUAUCUUCCCACGAGCCAUGCAGUGCCACGUGUACCACGGGGGUGAUGUCAACUUACGCCAUGUGCGUGCGCUACGACGGGGUGGAAGUGGAUGAUUCCUACUGCGAUGCCUUGACCCGUCCGGAGCCCGUGCACGAGUUCUGUGCCGGACGAGAAUGCCAGCCAAGGUGGGAGACCAGCAGCUGGAGCGAGUGCUCGCGGACCUGCGGGGAGGGCUACCAGUUCCGUAUCGUCAGGUGCUGGAAGAUGAUAUCCCCGGGCUUCGACAGCUCCGUGUACAGCGACAUGUGCGAGUCGGCCGACAUCACCCGACCGGAGGAGAAGAAAAUCUGCCGGAACCCGGCCUGCGGCCCCCAGUGGGAGAUGUCCGAGUGGUCCGAGUGCACAGCUAAGUGCGGCGAGCGAAGCGUCAUCACCAGGGACGUGCGCUGCUCGGAGGACGAGAAGCUCUGCGACCCGAACACCAAGCCGCCGUCAGAAAAGAACUGUACGGGACCGGCGUGUGAUCGCCAAUGGACGGCCUCAGACUGGGGACCCUGCAGCGGAGGUUGCGGCCAAGGGAAGAUGAUCAGACAUGUCUACUGCAAGACCAGCGACGGCAGAGUCGUUCCGGAAUCCCAGUGCAAUCUCGACGCUAAACCUCUGGCCAUUCACCCCUGCGGAGAAAAGAAUUGCCCCCCACAGUGGCUUAGCCAAGACUGGGAAAGGUGUAACACGACCUGCGGCCGUGGAACGAAACAGCGAGUCGUCCUGUGCAUGGAGGUUGCCAACGGGAAAGUCAAAACCCGCGCCGCCUCCGACUGCGACGCUGCCAAGAAGCCCGCCGAGGACGGUACCUGCUUCGAGAGGCCGUGUUUCAAGUGGUACACCACCCCUUGGUCCGAGUGCAGCAAGACGUGCGGAGUGGGAGUGCGGAUGCGGGAUGUUAAGUGCUAUCAGGGGACGGAUGUUGUCCGCGGUUGUGAUCCUUUAGUGAAGCCGGUGGUGAAACAGGCGUGUGACUUACUGCCUUGCCCUACAGACCCCCCAGAUGACAGCUGCCAGGACCAGGCCGGCACAAACUGCGCUCUGGCAAUCAAGGUUAACCUCUGCAGUCAUUGGUAUUACAGUAAAGCGUGCUGCCGGUCCUGCCGCGGCGCUCAUUCCUAG